UAGAUUCUUUUUCAAGCUAUAUUGCCUUUUCAAGCAUAAUGCAUAUUUGAGAACUCUAUUUUAGUGGCUUUCUAUUAGAUGGACAUUCAGCCAGAGAGAGUCCAGCCUGUGUCUUCCAUCAUUUGCAGCUUCCAAUUCUAUCAGAAUCAAAGCCCAAGAGGACCAGAGUUGUAACAACUUGAGAGACAAAGAGCAAUGUACUGUUCCUGAACCUUCCUGAAUUGCUUUUUCUACACUGGGUUUUGGUGAGCACAUCAUUGCUCAUUUAAGGGAACAGUUUGAUGUCAUUCUAGAAUUUAUCGUAUGGAGACAAAGCACAUUACAGAAAUGUGCAUGAAAAGUUUUUAAUAUUUUUUCAUGCCAGAUGAAGAACUGAUUUGCAUCGAUUCUUCACACGGACAAAUGUAAAAUAUAAUCUGUUCAAGGCAAUGCCAUUAGAUUUCUCAUCUGACUGUGACUGUCCUGCCUGUUCAGAGGGUAUGCAGAUUGAGCUGGGUUGGAAUUCCUAUCCCAAAGGGAUUAAUAACUCUUUAUAUUCAAAAUCAAGGAAGAAAUCUAGGUCUUCAUCCGGUGCACAAUAUUUUUCUUCUCAGUGUUGUCCUAACAGGCCAGAGAAAAAUAAAGAUGGCUACGGGUUUCCCCCUUCAGAGGAGGAAAGUGAAGUGGAAACUUCUCAAAACAAUCAUCUCUAUUUGAACCCUGAAGGCAUUCCCGAGAAACUUAGACCUUUAAAAGAGCUAACUCUCCAAGAGUUACUGAUGGAAUUCGGAGACAGUUGGACAGUUAAUCCCAACGACAUAUCAGUGGGCCACUUUAGAGACCAGGUCGUAAUGAAGUUCAGGAGAGCUCUGUAUUAUUCUGGAAUCUGGGUGGCACAUGUCCAAGGCUACAGACCUGAAAAGCACUUUUCAGCUAAUUAUUUCAAGAAAAAUCCUGGUAGCCUGCAGCGGCUGGUUCCCUGGCUGAAACGGGAGCUAACGGCUGUUUAUGGCGAUUAUGGUUACACCGUAAAGAAUAUCCUGACCACAAUUCUCCAUCACAUGGUAGAACAUGAUCUGGACAGUGAGUGCUUCAUUCACCUCCUGAACCCGUACCUUCAGCAAUACACCCACCAAUUUCUGCACGAGUUAAUAAGCUUUGUUCACUCACCGUACAAUAUGGAGACCUAUGACCAAAAAGCCAUCUACCAAUGCCCUUCUCCUUCGCUUUGGAUUAAAAGGAAACCCACUGCAUCAGUUCCUAUUUCACCUUUGCUUAAGUGUCAGGAUGCAUGUGCCUCUCAGCAUGAUACCAGUCAGUCUGAACACACCCAAGACCAAAAGACUGAUGAGAUGAGGCCUCUGUUAGGCUUGAAGCUUUUUCCAAAUAACAACCUUUUCUUGAGGAAAUCUGAAAUCCCAGAAAUAUAUUAUAAAACAGCAAGCAAUAGUCACAACUGGCUCAAACAGAAACCAGAAUCAGGUGAUUAUAAAGAUACCAUUUGUAACAAUAAUCCGCUCUUAAAUUGCACUGUAACAAGGGAAAGGGACCCAGGUUUACCGAAUCCAAAAAAGCAUGCUCAAGGGAGGAAGACAGAAGGGGUGAAGUUGCUUCCUGGUCACAAUGAGGAUCUGAGGAAGAGAAGCACAACAGCAAGUACCUUCAACAUCCCAACCACUUUUAAUCAGGGGCAACCAUGGAGAUCCAGUCUAAGCCAAACUACGGAUAUGAGUCUUGACCAGCAGAACAAUUGCCCAAAGAAUAAAAUAGAAAAAGACUACCAGGGGUCUUCACCAAAGAUCUUUGAAAUAUCACCUAGAGGAAGAUCCUUGGUAAGAUGUAAACCCAGAGGGAGGGACCCUUCUUGGAGUGGCAUUUCAGAAGUUGCUCUUUAUCAGAAGUCAGAUGGCAAGAAGCUGACUUCUUUCAAAAAAAAGAGAAUGAAGUGGAUGCAGUCUUCCCAUUCAGAAGACAUCGGUUCACACUUGAGUAGAAGAAUUCAAAAACAGACAAGGUCUAGAACACAGAGAUCCAAAUCUUGGUGUUGUGGAUUUACAAAGAGAUCUAUAAGCAGAGAUUCAAGUCAUCUCUCUCUGAGAGGCAGUAACAGAAGUGAGUUCUCCACCCAGAACAUAUGCUGUGCACAUUUACAAGAACAGAAUGUGAAGGGGUAUCAGUCAGCCUACUUGAAGGCAUCUUCAGCCACAACGCAACAUAGGAAGCUUUCUUCAACUGCUGGGAGAAGAUCCAAGUGUCCUAAAAAUGAAUAUACUUCCCAAGCAGGAAACCAAUGUAAUGGUCCCGCAUACCCAUACGUUGAGAAACAUGGAUCGCCAAGGAAACCAAAAGCAAAGCAAAAACUCAUAUUUCCUAACUUUAGCAAGACCUCACCAGUUUCACAAAGAAAAAAUAAAGGCCUCUGUGCUGAUUCUCAAAACACUGAAGCAGUUGGUGAUGAAAUGGUGGAGCUGAAUGAACUAAAGAAAACAGGUAAUCUUUCUGAGUGUGUUUCUUCCUAUGGAAGACGAGUCCCAAAGAAAAAGAAUGUACGUCUCCAGAAACAAUAGCAAGCUAAGAAUGAAAGUAUAGGAGACUAAGUGUCAAGAAAAAUAUUAUUUUGAAAGAUCUUUGAAAAUAUGAAGAUAAUCUGAGAACAUUAAUAAAAAUGCCAGCCAUCACUUUAUAACUUGGACUAAAAGAUAAUUAAAUUGGAUAGCUCCUUUUCAAAACUAA